GCGGCUGCGUUACCGCGCGUGGCUCCACGCCCCACCGGAGGAGAGCUGCAGCAGGGAUCGCGCCCGCGGCUGGCCAAGCACGGCCGGCAGGUCGCCUCCUUGUGUUGGCCUGGCUAGCAGCGCCCGCAGAGGGCGAAGAUGAUGAUGCCCGGCAACUCGGGAUAACGGGACGCGCCUCUCGCUCGCUCCCCGCGGCCGGCUGCUUGCAGGCUCGAGCCCCGCACGCCGCCGCCGCCGCCUCCCUGCCGGGCCGAGGGCGAAGAUGCUGCCCCCGCCCUGCCCGCGCGCCUGCCUGCUUCCUGGCGCGGGACUGGCGCUGCUGCUGCUCGUGGGGCUGGUGCCGCUGCUGCCAGGCUGCCUGGGGGCUCAAGGCAAGUUUGCCUACAAGCUACUCAAUGACUUGUUUGCCAACUACUCCAAUGCACUGCGGCCAGCAGAAGACACGGACCGAGUCCUCAACGUCACGCUCCAGGUCACCCUUUCCCAGAUCAUCGACAUGGAUGAGAGGAACCAAAUCUUGACAGCUUACCUGUGGAUCCGGCAGGUGUGGAUAGAUGCAUACCUGAACUGGGACAAGGAGGUUUAUGAUGGCAUCGACACGAUCCGGAUCCCGAGUAGCUAUGUCUGGAGGCCCGACAUUGUCCUUUAUAACAAUGCUGAUGACCAGUUCACGGGCUCCAUGGAGACCAACGUAGUGAUCCGCUAUGAUGGCCAAAUCAUGUGGGACUCCCCGGCCAUCACCAAGAGCUCCUGCAAGGUGGAUGUGUCCUAUUUCCCCUUCGACGGCCAGCAGUGCCGCCUGACCUUCGGCUCCUGGACUUACAACGGCAACCAGAUCGACAUCCUCAACAGCAUGGACACAGGCGACCUCACGGAUUUCGUGGAGAAUGUGGAGUGGGAGGUUCUGGGCAUGCCAGCCAAGAGGAACGUCAUUACCUAUGGCUGCUGCUCGGAUCCAUACCCAGACAUCACCUACACGCUGCACCUCAAGAGACGAGCCUCUUUCUACAUCUUCAACCUCCUUCUCCCCUGCAUCAUGAUCUCCUUCCUCGCCCCACUGGGCUUCUAUCUUCCAGCUGACUCUGGAGAGAAGGUCUCCCUGGGAGUAACAGUGCUUCUGGCACUCACCGUCUUCCAGCUGCUGGUGGCUGAGAGCAUGCCUCCCUCGGAGAAUGUGCCGCUCAUUGGGAAGUACUACAUUGCCACCAUGACCAUGAUCACGGCCUCUACAGCCUUGACCAUCUUCAUCAUGAACAUCCACCACUGUGGGCCUGGGGCCAAGCCGGUACCCAAGUGGGCCAAGAAGUUCAUCCUCCAGUACAUGGCCCGCAUCUUCUUCGUCUACGAGGUGGGGGAGAGCUGCAAGAGCCCCAGGCAGGAACCAAACCCCAUCCCCAGGGUUCGGGUGGUGAACGGUGGGGCUGCCAACGAGGAACCCAGAGGCCAGGCCAGGGUCUGCAGGGAUGUCUCUUCACCAGGGGACGGGCCACCCCCUCGGUCUCCAUCACAGGGGCACAGCAGCCCCUCUGAACAGCCGGACUGGAGCGGGAAAUACGUGGACCUGGAGUUUGGCGGUGAGGAGGGGGAGGGCCUGGAGCAGCCCGCCUGUGCCAAGAGACGGUGUCUGUGCCACCACAACAGCAUCCUCAGGAACGUGGAGUAUAUUGCCAACUGCUUCCGCGACCAGAAGGCAGCCUCGAAACGGACUGGGGAGUGGAAGAAAGUGGCCAAGGUGAUGGAUCGCUUCUUCAUGUGGGUCUUCUUCGCCAUGGUCUUCAUCAUGAGCGUGCUGAUUGUUGGCAAGGCCAUCUGAAGGUGACCUGGAGAGGAAUGAGGCAGCGCAGCUGACUGCCCCACAGGCCAAGGGUGUGUGUGUGUGUGUGUGUGUGUGUGUGUGUGUGUGUGUGUGAGAGAGAGAGAGAGAGAGAGAGAGAGAGAGAGAGAGAGAGCGCCACCUCCCUUCUUGAGUACCACCUGAGGCCAUCUUGGAGUUUGUCCUGUUGCAAGAGAGUCCAUCAGGGUGGGCCAGUUGCACAAGCAGUUCUAGCUGAUGGCUGGGCUGGCACAUGUUUAGGGGCACCUCGAGUGGUCCGAGAAGGGAGCCCCCGCACUAACAAGCCUGUGGCAUGC